AUGAGGGAGAUCGUACACAUCCAAGCCGGUCAAUGCGGAAACCAGAUCGGAGCCAAGUUCUGGGAAAUUAUUUCUGAUGAACAUGGCAUUGACCCAACUGGAGCCUACCACGGAGACUCUGAUCUCCAGCUGGAACGUAUCAAUGUAUACUACAAUGAAGCAUCAGGUGGAAAGUAUGUACCUCGUGCCAUUUUGGUUGAUUUGGAACCUGGUACCAUGGACUCCGUCAGAUCUGGACCAUUCGGUCAAAUUUUCAGACCAGACAACUUUGUCUUUGGACAAUCAGGUGCUGGAAACAAUUGGGCUAAAGGUCAUUACACGGAGGGUGCUGAGCUUGUAGAUUCAGUAUUAGAUGUUGUGAGGAAAGAAGCUGAGAGCUGUGAUUGCCUUCAAGGUUUCCAAUUGACACAUUCCUUAGGUGGUGGUACCGGUUCUGGUAUGGGAACCUUAUUGAUCUCCAAAAUCCGUGAAGAAUACCCAGACAGAAUUAUGAACACAUACUCUGUUGUCCCCUCUCCAAAAGUUUCAGACACUGUUGUAGAACCCUACAAUGCUACCCUUUCAGUUCACCAAUUGGUUGAAAAUACUGAUGAAACUUACUGCAUUGAUAACGAAGCUUUGUAUGACAUUUGCUUCCGUACAUUAAAACUUACAACACCAACAUAUGGUGACUUAAACCACUUGGUCUCUUUGACCAUGUCUGGAGUGACCACUUGUCUCAGGUUCCCUGGUCAAUUGAAUGCUGAUCUCCGUAAACUCGCCGUCAACAUGGUUCCUUUCCCCAGGUUACAUUUCUUCAUGCCUGGUUUCGCUCCUCUUACAUCCCGUGGAAGCCAACAAUACAGGGCACUAACCGUACCCGAACUUACCCAACAAAUGUUUGACGCCAAAAAUAUGAUGGCAGCCUGUGACCCAAGACAUGGACGUUACCUAACAGUAGCGGCUGUAUUCCGUGGCCGUAUGUCCAUGAAGGAAGUUGAUGAACAAAUGUUAAACAUCCAGAACAAAAACUCGAGCUACUUCGUUGAAUGGAUUCCCAACAACGUUAAAACUGCAGUGUGUGAUAUUCCUCCAAGAGGUCUGAAAAUGUCUGCUACGUUUAUUGGUAACUCUACAGCUAUCCAAGAGUUGUUCAAGAGAAUCAGUGAACAGUUCACUGCUAUGUUCAGGCGUAAGGCUUUCUUACAUUGGUACACUGGUGAAGGUAUGGAUGAAAUGGAAUUCACUGAAGCCGAAUCCAACAUGAAUGAUUUAGUAUCUGAAUACCAACAAUACCAAGAAGCUACCGCUGAUGAGGAAGCUGAAUUUGAUGAAGAACAGGAACAAGAAGUUGAUGAAAACUAG